UAGAAAACGGGUGAAAUUAAACUCUGAAACUGAGAUAAACAAGCUGUUCUUUUCUACAAACGGUUCUUUGACGGACUGAAACUAGACGCUCUUGACAGAGACGCUUUCACGAUGUUGCAGGCGGAGUUGGUUUUCCUGGAAUUAUCUGGGGCAGCUUUUCCUGUUGUGUGGACUGCUACUUGCCAUGCGCUUCUCCCCAAGCGUGUGUUUGUGUGUGUGCAUGCAGCGUUCUGUAAUAGCUGCAACUUCGGAUUAACGUGUUAUGGACGAGCGCACCAUCUGGAAUUCUUGCCCUGACACACGAGGGGUUUUUGUCCGUGUGAAACAAGCUUUCUGAAAUCUGUACAGAAGUUCGUCCUGGAAAUGGCUCUGGAGUGCACAGCGAUGCGAAAUCCAUCGACGGCUAAACAGCAUCCCUGGGUUUCGCUGACGUCUGCAUCGCUUCACUGAAGAUGGACACUCUGGAGUCAGAGUUGACUUGCCCAAUCUGUCUGGAGCUUUUCGAUGACCCUUUACUGCUGCCUUGUGCCCACAGUCUGUGCUUCAACUGCGCUCACCGCAUCCUAGAGUCCUGUGCAUUCGACGAGUCUACACAACCGUUCGCUGCAUUCCAGUGUCCCACCUGCCGUUAUGUCGUCACACUCGACUUGCAGGGCCUAGACGGACUCAAACGCAACGUCACUUUGCAGAACAUCAUUGACCGCAUCCAGAAGGCCUCUUUGAGUGGACCCAACUCUCCAGACGAAACUCGCCGCUGCGAUCAAUUCCCCUCAGGCAUGGAAGAUAGCACGGUCAUGACUACAUCAUGCGAGCCGGUCCGGUGCCAGUUCUGCGAGCAGGACCCUCCGCAGGAUGCGGUAAAGACUUGCGUUACCUGCGAGGUGUCGUACUGCCAGGAAUGCCUUCGGGCGACUCACCCAAACAAGAAGCCCUUCACGGGUCACCGUCUAAUAGAACCGCUACCGGACUCACGUCUCAGAGGACUGGCUUGUUCGGAGCACGGAGAGGAGAAGGUGAACAUGUACUGCAUGACGGACGAACAGCUGAUCUGCUCAUUGUGUAAACUGGUGGGGCAUCAUCGCGAGCAUCAGGUGUCGUCGCUAGGAGAACGAUACGACAAGCUCAAGCAAAUGUUGGAUUCAAACCUCAGUAAUCUGAUCAAGAGGAAUAAUGAGCUGGAAAACCUGAUGGGGAAGUUAAUUCAGACCUGUCAACAUGUGGAGCACAAUGCAUCUCAUCAGGAGAGCAAACUAACAGAGGAGUGUGAUGUUCUCAUAAACAUCGUCCAGCAGAGACGGCAAAUCAUCAGCACUAAGAUAAGAGAAGGAAAGGUGGUUCGGUUGAGAAAGCUCGCUCAACAGAUAGCUAACUGUAAACAGUUCAUGGAGAGAUCUUCAUCUGUCAUCUCUCAAACUGACCAAGUCCUGAAAGAGACCGAUCACGCCCGUUUUCUACAGACCGCAAAGAGCAUCUCGGAUAGAGUUUCUAUGGCAACAGCAUCCUCACAGGUCCUGAUCCCAGAGAUAAACCUGAACGACACGUUUGAUGCGUUCACACUGGACUUUAGCAGAGAGAAGAAACUGCUGGAGAGUUUGGAUUAUCUCACAGCUCCUAGUGUGCCCGCUUUACGUGAGGAGCUUUGCACAGCAUCUUACGACACCAUCACAGUGCACUGGACAUCAGAGGAUGAAUUUAGUGUUGUUUCUUACGAGCUCCAGUACACCAUCUCCACCGGACACACUAAUGUUGUCAGUCUGUGUAACUCAAUGGAUAGCUGGAUGAUCGUUCCCAACAUUAAACAGAAUCAUUACACUGUUCACGGGCUGCAGAGUGGAACCAAAUAUAUUUUCAUUGUGAAAGCCAUAAACCAGGCCGGGAGCCGCAGCAGUGCACCAGGCAAACUGAAGACAAACAGUCAGCCGUUUAAGCUCGACCCGAAGUCUGCCCACAGGAAGUUAAAGAUAUCACAUGACAAUCUGACUGUGGAGCGUGACGAGGCAUCAUCCAUGAAAAGCCACGCGCAGGACCGCUUCAGCAGCACUGGGAACUACGGUGUCAUUGGGAACGUGUACAUUGACAGUGGACGACAUUACUGGGAAGUUCUGAUUGGAGGGAGCACAUGGUUCGCCAUUGGUAUUGCCUACAAAUCAGCUCCCAAGCACACAUGGGUCGGUAAGGAUUCAGGGUCAUGGGUGCUCUGCCGCUGCAAUACAUCAUGGGCGGUGCGGCACAACGGUAAAGAGUUUCCAAUCGAACCCUCUCCUCACAUGCGCCGCCUGGGCAUUCUGCUCGACUACGACUCGGGAUCGUUAGCGUUUUACGAUGCAGCUGGAACACAGCACCUGUACACGUUUGACAUCGCCUUCUCGCAGCCCAUCUGUCCCGUCUUCAGCAUCUGGAACAAAUGCUUGACCGUCCUCACAGGGCUGCCCAUACCAGACCACCUAGAGAUCAGUGACCCCCACGACUAAACGAACACCCGGAAAUGAAACUUCUGCCAUCAUUUACUCACCCUCAUGUUGUUCCAAACCCGUAUGACUUUCCCCCUUCAGUGGAACAGUAAAAGUGUUACAGUACAUACCCCAAUGGAGUUGUGCUGUAAUGUUAUUACACUUUUUCCUUCUUGGGAAUAAGUAGGGGUGGGUGAUAUAAGCAAAGAUUGGGAUAUUCUGGACAUUUUUGGCCGACUGAUGUCGGUAUGUAAGCUCGACGGCGUCAGCAACAGAUAAACAUAGCAUAAUUGUGAGGGCUGAACGACUAAUUACAAUAAACAAAAUCACGAUAUGACCUUGUGUGAUUAACAAACAGAGAAGGCUGCGAUUUAAUGAACUGUGUUAAAUAUGCUCAUUAUGCACAGAAUUACACACAUGUAUGCACGUGCAUAAUUCCACAUAUGUUUGGCAGCUACGUUACUAUACAACUCUAAAAUAACCCCAUGACAUCGCAUUUAUUUUUGGACAAAAAGAGAGAUCAGAGCAUUUUACUGAACUCAACUAUGAACAGAAAUAAAAAUAUCUUAAUUCACUUUUGCCUAAAAUCAAAGCUUGAAGGUUUUAAUUAGAGAUGCAGGUUAA